CACUGUGGACAGGCACUAGUGUCAAAUAAUUUGCCAAACAAAAUUUCUGGCGUCGCGAAAACCCGCAACUGCUUAAAUCGUAACCAACAAAAAGGCCUUCCCAACAUUCUGGCCAUAUUUCCCGGGUGCGUCGGUAGCCGGCGCUUUAUUUGUAUUUGAAUUUCUGCGGCAGCCACCGGACGAACUGGGAACAGGAGACCCAAGCAAUUGGCGGCGGCUGCGGCGGCGGACGUCAUGGACAAGAAGUGUGUUCCAGGCGUGGCGCCGGUCGUAAAUGUGGAGGAAUCCCCAGCCUCCCUGGAUGAUGCCACAUACAAGGGACCCACCACUGUCCUGGAGGCCUGCGAGCAAGAGCUGAAUCUCAUUAACUUGGUGCGCCAGCAACCCGCUUUGUAUGAUAGCCGGCACAAGCGUUUCCAUGAUGACACCCACAAGGAGCAGCUGUGGAAAAGCAUCACCACUAAGCUGAAUAUCGAGUUAACCCAAUGCCUGGUGACCUGGUCAGAGUUGCGCUAUCGCUAUCAGCGACAUGUGCGUCGCUUGCGUGCCUUUCAUCGCAGUUCAGUGCAACGUAAAGGUCCCACCAGACGGCGUCCCUGCUUGAGAUACGAGGAGGAGCUUCAUUUCCUCUAUCCCCAUGUGGCACGCUUUCCUUUGCUGACCGUGGAGGACAGUGACAAUGAUGGUGAGGGGGAUGGUGAUAAUGGUGCACCCGAAGUUGAGAUUGUAGAGCCACCACCGGUGGAUAUCAUAGAUGUGGAUCUGGUGGAAGAUGCCUCCAGUUUUCGCUGUUCCAGUGGCGAGCGACGCCUAAUCGAGGCGGUAAGUGCCUAUAGCCAGCUCUAUGAUCCCUUGCAUAUACAUUAUACCAACUAUCGUCAUCGUGGCUUGAUUUGGAGUUCCAUAUCCAAUGAGCUGCAUGACAAGGCCACCAAGCUAAUCAAAAUUUGGUUGAAACUAAUGACCCGCUAUGAAUGGGAGAUUACAAUUAAUGCAGGAAAAAAGGAGUCAGAAAUCUGUCAAUUGAUGAAUUUCAUGCGGACAUCGGUGCUGCGAAUGCAUGGCACUGUAUGCCAGAGUUCCAAGUACCUGCAAACUGGUUGGCAUGAGCCAAUUGAGAAUUUUCGUAGCGUUUUGGCCUUGAUUAAUGCCAUGCGCUCAAUGCCCGAGUUGGUUCAAUUGAUGGAUGAUUCCCAAAAGAUGAAAACCAAGCCCGCAAUUUAUGAUGAUUUGUGGUUGAAGGUUGGCAAAGCGGUGACCUUGGGUCAUGAGCGUUGUGAGGUCACCUGGCUGGUGUUGCGCUCCUUUCACACGGAGCUAACGGUGAUGCGUCAGGAGGGUUAUCAGCUUCAGGAUAAAUGGUAUUUCGAGAAUAUGCUCAAUGGUAUUUUGCGUUUGGUGGCUAAUCGCGCUGCCAAACGUGGCAACAAGAAACGUCCACAUAAUGGUGAUGCUACGGAGGAGGAAAUGGCUCAGCCGCCGGCCAAGAUUGCAGCACCAGAACCACCAGCGCCGCCACGUUUGCCUAUAGCCAUUGUCUAUCCGCCGGCGAUGAAGAACAGCAGCAACGCUAGCAGUGCUGCUCCUCCUCCUCCUCCUCCUUCUGACAUACCACACACCUCCUUUGUGAUACCCACCAUUCAUGGCAACGUGAGAGUGUCCACAUUGCCUCCGGUGCCCCCAGUGCCCCGUUUGCCGGUGAAACUGCCCAGCUCCAUAACAGCCAAGCCAGUGAAUCAGUCCCCAAAUGCCGUGCGUCCUUUGCUGCAACGUCCUGGCAUUCAGAUAUCAGUGCGUCCCAAAAAUGCAACGCCAUCUAUGGCCAAUGUCCCCAUAAGCCUAUCCACAGCCAUUAUCCGAGCCAUACCUCCUCCUGCUCCUCCUGCACAAGCAGCAACAUUCGUACGACCAGCUGCACCAGGAGCCAAACCAAAGCAUAUGAAGAUCAUAGCCAGAAUACCCACAUUACCCACAAGAAAACCGUCUAAGGUGGCACCCCCUAUGGUUAGAAUCCAUCAGCAGGCGGCUGAGGAUGUAGGAAUAACACUGCCAGGAUUAACAGGUAGAACAGGAGCAGCUGUUGGCACAAUGGAGGCAGGAGCAGGCAAAGGAAUAGGAGGUGGAAGAGCAGCUGAAGCAGGAGGAGGAAUGGGGGCAGGAGCGGGAAAGGGAGGAGGAGCGGGAGCAGGAGUGGAACUCGGAACAAGAGCGGGAACCGGAGCAGGAGCAAGCGCAGGAGCUGGAUCAGUAACUAGUAGAGGAGCAAAUGGAGGAGUAGGUACUACAGCAGCUGCGGCAGCAGUGGUAACAAUACCAGGAAUAUAUCCAGAAAUUCCCUCGACAUCCUCUGGAGCAAGAGCAUCAGUUAAGACGCUAGGACCCACAAUAAUUCGAGCCACUGGAACAUCCUUGCCAACGGUGGUGUUACCUGGCAGCACAACAACCAGGAUAGGGAUAAGUAAGCCACCUGAAGCUACCUCAAUGGCUCCACCAGUUCCGCCAGUCACCAGAGCAGCUCCUUCGGUGGCCAAAACAGCUCUUUCGGUGGCCAGAACAGCUCUGCCAGUGGCCUCACCAGCUGCUACAGUAACCGCAGCAACUCUUCCAGUGACUACAUUAGCUCCUGCCGCUUCUUCAGUGACCAUAGCAGCUCCUGCCGCUUCUCCAGUGACCAUAGCAGCUCCUGCCGCUCAUCCAGUGACCAUAGCAGCUCCUGCCGCUCAUCCAGUGACCAUAGCAGCUCCUGCCGCUUCUCCAGUGACCAUAGCAGCUUCUGCGGACACAACAGCUACUUCAUCUCCCCCCAUAAACCCAGAGGAGGAGGCGGAGGAGGAGUCACCAUCCACCUCCCGCUCCAUACCCACAGAUUUUGGACAAAGUCCGCCUGGCAUAUUCAUGAAUGCCAUCAAUGUGAAUCUGGUUCACAGUUCCAGUGCCGGGAACUCUUUGCGCAUUUGGGGUGGUGGCCUCACUUGCAAUUAUCACCUGAAUAUGGUGAGGGCAGCCACAUUGAUACGCGAGGUAAUGGCUGUGCCGCAACUGCAUAACAGGGAUCCACGACUGAAGGCCCAGGCCGAUGGCUUCUGGCAGAUAAUCUCCCAGAAAUUUCAUUUGCCAGAGUUGGCUUUGCGCGCCUGCUGGAAUUUCCUGGCCAACAACAUGAGCAUUUUCCCGAGCAUUGCCCCAAUGUCGGAGUUAAUGCGUCCCUUUAAGGGUAACCUCAAGGUUUGGGAGAAAUCCACACGUUUGUUUGACAAAUUUGAUGAGAUUGCUCGCAAAAACGAUUGGAUAAAGCACAGGGAGGUGAUACCGCAACUCAUACGCUAUUUCCGUCAGCAUGAGCAUUUCUACUGGGAGAUGCGUAAGCCGCGUCCGGGAGAGCCUGUACAAUCGCCGCCUUUGUUUACGGAAAAAGACCGCCAGGAGGUGUGGCGCGAGGCCAAGAUUAAGUUUCCCGAUCUCAAUCAUCAUGACAUUUGGUCCAUGUUCAAAUUUGCCUUUCGCACUUAUAUGGAGGAUCUUGAGCGCGGCAUUGAUAAUGCCUGGCCCCAAAUCUGGUGGCAGGUCCUCGAGCAGCUCAAAUUUCUAGCCGAUGUGAGAUAUCAUCCUUUGGAACCAUAUUACUAUAUUGUACACAACAAGAUCCUUGACGAGGUCAAGCGUUGCAGCAUUUUUGAGGCCUUGACAAGCAGUGAUUGUAAUGAUAAAAGCAAGACUUCAGCUUUAUUGGCUCGCGUUUGCAAAGAACCCAUGCCCUGGUGUUCGGAGGAGGCCAAACGUUUGCUUACAGGCAAGCUAAGUACCUUUGAAAAGGUUAAAAAACCCAAGGAAUUACAGUAUCCUGUACCUGUAGCUGUGGCAAAUGAGGCAGUGGAAGAGGUUUCUCCUCCAGUGGAGGAGGCACAGCCCUCUCACUCGCGUAACCUUUUAAAGCGUACACAAAAACCAAGUGGUUCACGUCCCUCUUUCACUGUGCCCACCAUCGAGGCCUUUGAGCUGACCCGCAUGCUGCGUCGGUAUCCACACACCUUCCAGCGUGUGCACACCAUCAACAAGCGCACGGCCUGGGUGAGGGUCUCCAAGGAGUUGAAUAUUACAGUCACCGAGUGCCGUUUGGGUCUGCAGUAUGCCCUCCGUGAGAUGCGCUUUCUCAAGGCUUUGGAUCCCAAGAAUCUCUGUACAAUGAAUCAUAAAUACUAUCGGAAUAUGGAUGAGAUUUAUAAGCAGGUAACCAGCAAACCUCAGCUAACAGUGCGCACACCGGAGCAAAUGAAUGAAUCGGUUAGCGAGGCAGCUGUUGAGCUGCCCGAGGAGGUGAUGCCGCAUCAUUUUGUGCCGGAAAUCAACAUGUCCACCAGCAAGCCAAGUCUGGUAGUUAAGAACUGGGCCUCGGCUGUUGGCAAUUUGCCCAGCGAAAGCCAGGAUGUUUUGGCCAUCAAGCUGAAGUACCUGUUUGCCAAAUACGCCAAGAUGGGCUCUCAUAACAAUUCUUGACAUAAGUAAUACACAUUAUUUAUCACGAGGUUAUUAUUAUUAUUAAUAUAAUAUUAUUAUUAUUAAUAUAAUAUUAUUAUUAUUAAUAUAAUAUUAUUAUAAUUAAUAUAUAUUUUUUUUUUUUGUAAACCCAAAAUCACAUAUUUUCCACAUAAAAAACAAACCAUUUAUUCAAUUUAAAUUUAAUUUAU